AUGCUUUUAGAAAACAUCAAUUUUACCGAUUUUCUUCUUUUCAUUGCAUCCAUUUUUCUUAUUUACUUCUUCCAAUUCUACUAUAAAUACUUUACACGUCCUAACCCUCUUCCUGGACCUAUACCUUUACCCUUCUUUCAAAAUGAACUAGAGUUUAAAGGUGACUUAAGAGAAUUUAAUCUAUCAUUAAAGAAAAGGUAUGGUGCCAUUUGUGAAGUUCAUUUUGGCGGGCAUCGAAGAAUUAUACUAUCUCAUCCGGAAUAUGUUGAAAAGAUAUUUUCUUCAUCAAUAACAAACCCCACUUUUUCAGCAAGAACUCAUCAAGUACAAGGAUUGGAAGAGCUUAAAGUAUUAGAUAAAGGAAUAUUAUUUAAUAAUAAUUUAAAAAGUUGGAAGUUUAAUCGUCAGUUCUUUACCCAAGUAAUUUUAACCCCAAGUUUUAAAAAUGACGUCAUCUUAUGGUCUUAUAAACUUUUCGAAGAGUUAGAAAGUUAUUGGCAAUCUAUUGCAAGAAAUAUGACAAGUAGCAAUAUAACACGUGGUGAUACAUGUGAAUGGGCUCUCGAGGCUGAUUUUUCACAAUGGUUUCAUAGAUAUUCCUAUGAUAUAGUUGCAACAUUAAUUACUGGUGAACGAUCUUAUUCAAUGGCUUUUUAUAAUAACUCUCUUAGUACAACAAAAGUUCAAUUACCAAGUGAAUUAAUCGAGAAUUCGAAUGAAUUUAUAACUGAAAUUCGCAGUUAUUCUCUUGGUGUUACAAUAUUUAUGAGCAUAAGUUCAUUAAUGCGUCAUUAUAACCCUUUUAUUAGGAAUAAAGCAAUUUCUUUAUUAAAAAAUCAAAUUGAAGAGGAUCCUAAUGUUGUUAAAUUAAGAAAUGAUAUGUUAACAUAUUUGAUUACUGCUAAAACUGAUCUAAAUAAAAUAAAAUAUAUUGAAAAUGAUGAAAUGAGACCUAUGACCGAUGAUGAAAUUAGAAUAAAUUUAUUGGAUGCUUUCGUGAAUGGAACUGAUACUACAGCAAAUUUAUUUUGUUUUAUAACUUAUUACCUCUGUCAUAAUCCUAACGUGAAACAAAAAGUUCUUGCCGAAAUUGAUAAAUUCUUUCCUUUUAUUACUCCUCACAAAAUUACUCAUGAAAACCUUUUCAAACUAAAAUAUUGUGAAGCAGUAAUCAUGGAGACGAAUCGAUUGAUGCCAGCUGUGAACAAUAUAACUAGAUAUUCUACUGAUACUUGUGAAGUAGCAGGUUAUAAAUGGGAUAAAGGUCAAUAUUUUGCAAUUAAUAUAAUUAGUUUACAUUUAAACGAAAAUUACUGGGAAGAUCCUGAAGUUUUUAAUCCUGAUCGAUUUUAUCAUAGUCUUGAAACUAGUAAUGAUACUACUGAUACGGAUGAUACAAAAAUGGCAAAAAAUAAAUUUUCUUACACUAUAUUUGGUGGUGGGCUUCGCAUAUGUCCAGGUAGAAAGUUGGCAAUGAUUGAAUUGCUUUCUUUAAUGACCUUAGUUUAUGGAAAAUAUGAUUUUGAAUUAAGUGAUAUGAAUGACAAAUUGAAUGUUAAAUCCGCGGCUAUCACUUCUUGUCAAGAAUUGAAAGUUAUAAUUAAACCUAGAAAACUAUAA